UAAAUGUGAGAGUUGACACUGUAAACAACAAACAAACCUUCUGAGAUUUCGCCGGCGAGAGAAGAGAGAGAGAGAGAUCCAACGGUCGAGAUGUUCCUUCGCGCAAUCGGACGGCCACUACUGGCUAAAGUGAAGCAGACGACUGGGAUCGUCGGUCUCGACGUCGUGCCGAACGCGAGGGCGGUGCUGAUCGAUCUCUACAGCAAAACCCUAAAGGAGAUCCAGGCCGUGCCGGAGGACGAAGGAUACCGCAAGGCGGUGGAAUCGUUCACGCGCCACCGUCUCAACGUCUGCAAAGAAGAGGAAGACUGGGAGGCGAUCGAGAAGCGCCUCGGCUGCGGUCAAGUCGAGGAGCUCAUCGAAGAGGCGCAGGACGAGCUCACGCUCAUCGGGAAAAUGAUCGAGUGGGACCCUUGGGGUGUUCCAGAUGACUACGAGUGUGAAGUCAUUGAGAACGAUGCACCGAUUCCAAAGCAC